UUUUCCUGCUCUUUUCCAUAAGGAAGCCAUGUCUUCCCUAAUUUGGCUAGUGCUUUUGUCUUGCUCCACUUUGGUGAUCAGCACCAAAAAUUCAUCCGAUAGCAAUGCCUCACAAGGCAAAAGCAUAUUCAUAUUAGCUGGACAGAGCAAUAUGGCGGGCCGAGGAGGACUGAAGUCCGGCAUGUGGGAUGGAUAUGUCCCUCCUGAAUGCCAAUCAAGUCCAAAAAUCCUUCGGCUCAAUGCCGAGAAUAAAUGGGAAGAGGCUCGACCGCCACUCCAUCGUGACAUAGAUUACCUAAAAGCUUGUGGAAUAGGGCCCGGGCUAGCAUUCGCCAAUUCAAUUCUGAAGAAGAACUUAAGCAUUGGGGAAAUCGGCCUUGUUCCUUGUGCAAUUGGAGGAACACAGAUAAGUGAAUGGAGGCGUGGCGGCCCACUUUACAAACAACUCCUGUCGAGGGCUCAUGCAGCAUUGCAGGGUGGAGGAAUAAUUCGGGCUAUUCUAUGGUACCAAGGUGAGAGCGACACACGAAGUGAAGAGGAUGCUAAAUUAUAUAAGGCAAGGUUGACAAAGUUCUUCACCGACAUUCGAUCUGAUUUGAAAUUGCCUGAGUUGCCUGUGGUCCAGGUGGCACUGGCAUCAGCAGAAGGGCCUUAUAUAGAAGAUAUAAGAAAAGCUCAAUUGGGAAUUGACCUUCCAAAUGUGAAAUGUGUUGAUGCAAAGGGAAUGAAGAUCGGGUAUGAUGGGUUGCAUCUUAGCACGGAAGGCGAAGUCCAUGUUGGACAGAUGAUGGCUGAUACCUUUGCCCAAUUUAUAUCUUAAUAUUCUUCGCCUAGCUUCAUUCUCAAAUGGUUUGGUUGGAAUUUUUUUAUUAUAAUACAUAUGUAUGUAUUCGAUAUUGUUGAAUAUAAGAUUCCCAUUGGCUCCGGAUAA